GUAAUGUCCAUCGUGCAAGGUUCCCUUAAAAUAUCUGCAAGUUGACUAUACCGUAAACCCCGGCAUAGACGGGCACGCCAAUUUAGAAAGGUCGAAGGUUGCUAGCCUCCGCGGCGUGUUAUGCCGCCGAGUUGUUUGGUUCCUCGCCGCUUCCGACAGCACAGGACCCCAAAUUAUUAGGCAUGAUGGAGGAGGAAGCUGUGAUCCAGAAUGAGGGGGAAACUGAGUCCUCCUUCACUGCGGACACCUACGCUGCUGAGGCCAUGGCCGCAGACAUGGACCCCUGGAUCGUGUUCGACUCCAGUAGAACCCCUAAGUCUGAGUUCGACGCCUGGCUGGAGAGCAACAGGCCCUCCCAAGUGUGCCGUUACGGAGACGAGGAGAGCGGCGUGAGCCCCGUGGGUUGGAUCGCCGUGCUGGGUCCCGACCACUGGCCCGGCAGCAAGGAUGUGAGGGGUCUCCAGGAGGACUGGGACCAGCUAGUGUCCAGCGGACGGCCGGUCAAUUUCCAAACCGUCAAGGAGCUGGCUCUCAACCACGGGGUGCUGUCGGGCAAGUGGCUUAUGCACAUGGACUGUGGUUUCAAAGUGGACCACGCCUGGGAGUGCGUGGCCCGCGCCACCCUGGAUGGCAAGAUCUACCAGGUCAAAGUCAGCCCGCAUGACCCUGUAAAAGGCGGCAAGCAGGUCAUCUGCGCCUACAACAAAAACUUUACCGACGAGGACGACGUGGUGCGGUUGGACAUGCACAUCCGAGCCUCGGGGGUCAAGUGUCCUCUGGUCUACAAGCCGGACGUGUACACCUAUCUGGGGAUCUACCGGAACAACCGCUGGAAUAUCUGUCCUACCAUCUACGAGAGCAAAUUCAACCUGGAGUGCGUGCCCAGGCGCUCUCGCAUCAUCAACAAAGUCACCAAUAUGGAGGUCACUUAGGCUGCUUUGCAUUCUGAGUCACUUUUUGCUUGAAUCCAGUUCUUCCUGCAGACUUUUUAAUUCGCUUACCUUGUGGACGGAGUGGGCUUUGCACAUUUUAUGAAGGGGAUUAACACCCUGCCAAGCAUUUACAUUUGUCUUCUCAUUUUUUGGUAGGUAAUACUUGGUCUUUGCCAAAUAAAAGUUCACCUCUGAA